CCGACAAGCCCCGACAUCACAAAUCGUGCUUCUCAUUCUGCCUCGUUGCUUCGAUCUUCAGUCUUCAGUUGUCCAAGUUCCAACAUCUACCGAAGAUGUGGCAGUUCUGACCGCAAAUUCACCCACGUAAACAACACCAUCCCAAAAAUCUGGCAAUCCUGGCAAUCUUCGUCCCAUGACGUACAACCGCGUGAAUCAGCGUCCGUGAAGAAAAAAUCAAUAAGUGCAGUAAUCGUGCGUCCGAUGCCCGAUCCAGCGAUGCCUUCAUCUGUGCAAGUAGGCCAGCUAUGCGAAGAAGAAGAAUCAAUCAGUGAUCGAUGAACGCCAACGGACAUUCCAGAAAAUGUUGUGUCGUGGAAACUUCAACGCGAAGUCAGACAGGAUCCAUGCUUGAGCGAGCCAACCCGAGUUCCGUUGAUUCUCUAAAUCCAUGAUCGUAAGAAAAACGCGCUAGAAAGUUAUUUUUAACCCGGCUAAUUGUGUCAGUAAAAUGCCAAAAUGAACCUAUUCAAGCGUGGCAUGAUCUUCGUGACGUUCUUCGGGUCUUGCAUUGCCAUGGCCCUGCUGGUGGCGAGUUUAGGGACGAAACAAUGGGCGAAUGCGAAGGCCAAGCGCCAGAAGAACCCCCACGAAAGCGACGGGAGGAUCAGCUUUGGCCUGUUCGACGGCAAAAAGGAACUCAACGUUGCCUACGGCUGGAGGACUUACGAAAUUGACGUGGUCCACCUUCUCAAAUAUGAACCAGAAUUUUUAAUUUAUUGGUUUUGGCUCGGAACGCUCGUGGGCGUUUGUGGGGGCCUUUUAUUCUCCGCUUUAAGUGCUGUUUUCGCCGCCAUAAACACAGCCACUUCGACGUCAAGACGCCUGAGCUCGACUUCGGGGCUCUACGUCUGGAAUAGUCUAGCUCUGUUUGCCGAUGUCAUUGCCAUAGCCUUUUGGAUAGCCCAAUUUUAUCUUAGGAUACAGUACAACGUGUUGUCUAGGGAGGACAGGGACAACGACUGGACUUCCGAGUAUAUGGCCGAACUGGGAUACUCUUUCUGGUUUGUGGUCGGAGCGGCUGUAGCCUCAUUUGUAAAUAUUAUCAUAGUGUUUAUAGCAAACAGUGAAAAGGAAGUUGAUACGGUAAUACCGGUUCUAGAAGAAAAAACUAACGGCGCCAUUAUGUUGUACUAAACCUCGAAUCUUCUUCUGCUGUGAAUAACUGCUUUCUCACGAAUAGUUUUGUAAUAUAUAAUUUAUAACUUAACUGUUUUUAAGAUUUUUAAUAAAAGUUAAAGAAAAUGUGUUUCA